AUGGUAGUUGGUGAAUCAAGGGCAGAAUUGCUUAACUGGUUAAAUAGCACUUUGGAUUUAAAUUACACGAAGAUUGAACAAUGUGGAUCUGGUGCUGCAUUUUGUCAAUUGAUGGAUACUAUCGUUGGUGAUGUCCCUUUGAGCAAAGUCAAAUUCAAUGCUAAAACUGAAUAUGAGUUUCGUCACAAUUAUAAGAUUCUACAACAUGUAUUUGUCAAAAAUAGUAUCACCAAGACGAUUGAUGUUGAAAAAUUGAUACGUUGCAAGCUUCAGGAUAAUCUAGAGUUGUUACAAUGGAUCAAACGAUAUGCUUCCAGUAAUAAUGUCCCUAUGAAAACAACAGUUGCAAGACAACCUCCCAAACAAACAACAAAACCGUCCACUGGUUCUCCUGAAUCAUCUCCAAUCAAUGCUGGUCCUAGCGCCGCUCCUCUUAUUUCAAAACCUAGAGAAAGAAAAUCAAACACACCUCUUGGAUCAAGAAAAACUUCGUCCAACGGUCCAAUAAAUCUAACACCCACAGCAGUGCGUUCAACCAAUGUUGCUGCCUCUAAGAAUAAUAACCGUUCCGGUAAUGGUACAAUCAUCAAUAAUGGGCAUGUCCCAGUAGUUUCUGCAAGUGAACCAGUAGCUGCUACAGGUACUGCUGCUGUGGCUGCUGCUGUGGCUACUACAGAUAGUGGUGCUACAUCUUCAAUCCCAGAAGAUUUUGCUAUUUAUUCUCAACAUGUUGAGUCAGAAAGAGAUUUUUAUUUCAACAAAUUAAGAGCAAUUGAAAUAUUGGUCCAACAUGCUAAAGAAAUGGAAGGUUUGAGUGGGGAUGUAUUGCAAUUUGCUAAUGAAAUUGAAAAGAUUAUGUACGAAGAGUAUGUAGAAGAUGAUGAGUUUUAA